AUGUCAUCAGCUCACUCAUUUCACGAGAUGUCGGCUCCUCCUCCGAAUACCUCUUCUACAAAGCAGCCUCGGCCUCUAGCAUGCAUGCUAUGCCAACGUCGAAAGGUCAAAUGUGACCGGAAAUACCCGUGCGCGAAUUGUGUCAAGGUCUGUCUUGGGAAGUGUCAGCAACAUAUUUCUAAUACAACAUGUAGUCCUAGCAUUCCGGCACCAGUGCGAAAGCGUAGACGUCCUAAUGCGGAGCUGCAAGCAAGGCUUGCUCGUUGUGAGGAGCUUUUGGCCCGAUAUGCAGCUGCAAGCAAUGAGCCCCUGGAAGAUAACGGCACAGUCGCUCCGCCACAGUCUUCCAGCAUUCCCCAGUAUGAGAACCACGAGGUCAACUGGAAACCCGCUGGCAAGCUUGUGACGGAAGGUGGUACUGUGCGUUUCAUGGACAACUUCCUAUGGGCCACCGUUUAUGAAGAGCUACGUGGGAUGCGAAAACUUGUGGAACGCGAAGAGGAUAUCGCUGAGGCGGAACCGUCCGACUGGGACCCCGGAGCUUCAAUGCCCGAUUACAGCGAAUAUCUUCUAGUCGGCGGCAACUUGCCGUCUGAGAAACCUCAUGAUCUUUACCCCAACGCCGGUCAGAUUUUCGGCUUAUGGCGAAUAUUUCUCGAGAGAGUGAAUUCUCUUACGAAAAUCAUACACCCUCCCACCUUGCAGCAGUCCGUGGCAGAAGCUGCCGCUGGUCCAGGGACCUUGCCACACAACAUUGACGCUCUUCUCUUCGCCGUAUACAGCAUGUCCAUCGUCUCCAUGACUGAUGACGAGUGCCUCGCAAUGCUAGGCUCCACAUGCAAAGCUGCCUUUUGGCGGUUUUCAUCCGGAGUACGAGCAAGUCUGCUACAGGCGCAAUUUCUUAAAUCUCACGAUCUGACAACACUCCAGGCAUUAGUUUUGCACAUUAUGUCGAUACAGGGCAGGUGCAACAUCCAUGGAGCUUGGGUUUUGAACGGUAUCUGUGUACGAAUCGCCCAGAAAAUGGGCCUCCACAGAGAUGGGGAGCUUCUCGGCCUUCCACCUUUUGAAACUGAGAUGAGGCGGCGGAUUUGGUGGCAGAUUUUCAUGUUGGACUCCAAAUUCUCCAUGAUAUCAGGGCUGAGCCAAUCACUGCUUCCUCGACCUAGCGACUGUAAACUUCCCAAAAACCUGAAUGACGCGGACUUACAUGCGGGUGCAACGGAGCGAUAUCAGGAUCGCGAAGGCCCGACAGACAUGGUAAUUCCACUCUUGGUGUAUCAAGUUGGCUUUUGCAUCCAGCAGCAACAAGACAUCGAAUCAUUAAUGCUUUACAACGAAUUGAGCACCCUGAGCUCAGGAAGAAGAAGCAAAGUUCAGUCGGCACAAAUGAGCGCCUUUAUCAAGAAUCUCGAGAGUCGGCUCAAUGCUGUGAUCGAUAAGAACUCCGAUCCUACGGCUGGUCCUGUCCACGAGUUGGCCAGCCUUCUGAAGUCUCUAAUACUUCAAAAAGUUCAGGAAACGAGUCGCCCUCCCCAGGAACAGCCAGAAUGGGGAUCGGAGAUCAUGACACCCAAAGAUAACCUAUUCAAAUGGUCUGUCAUGACCACCGAGCAGAACAUUAACGCCUAUAGGUCGAAUAGACACCCCGAAUUCCACUGGUUUCUCAAGUUGCUAUUUCAGUAUGACGUAGUAAUUUGCAUGAUUGGCCAGCUUAGCCAGCGAAUGACCGGGUCUAUAGUCGAGCGGGCCUGGCAGCUAGUGCCGUCUCUUUACGAGUUUCAUCCCGAGUUUUUAGACCCCUCCCAGGAGUACAACAUCGCUCUUGCCAAGUUUACGAUGAAGGCCUGGAAGAAUCGUGAUGACUAUCUUUCAUGUCAACAAGGACUACGACCGGAAGAACCAGACUACAUGAAGCGCAUCAGACAGAUGCUAGGGUUCCCCUUGAACAAGUCUGCUGCUGAGACCGGGCUGCCAGUUCAUGAAGAUGCACCGAGAGCCGGGAGCCAAAAUGGACAAGCCUCUAUGGAACAAUUGCUUUCAACAUACCUCGGUGCAGCUGCAGCAUGGGAUUGUCUAGCGCACCCCGACGAAGAGCGCAUUCAGAGGCAGCUCCCCAUGUUCGAGGAUUUGGACAUGACAGCACCAAGAAACUGGUAA